AUGACUGCAAGAGUGCGUGAUAAUGAGCGCAGAGUGCGUGAUAAUGAGCGCAGAGUGCGUGAUAAUGAGCGCAGAGUGCGUGAUAAAGAGCGCAGAGUGCGUGAUAAUGAGCGCAGAGUGCGUGAUAAAGAGCGCAGAGUGCGUGAUAAUGAGCGCAGAGUGCGUGAUAAAGAGUGCAGAGUGCGUGAUAAAGAGCGCAGAGUGCGUGAUAAUGAGCGCAGAGUGCGUGAUAAAGAGCGCAGAGUGCGUGAUAAUGAGCGCAGAGUGCGUGAUAAAGAGCGCAGAGUGCGUGAUAAAGAGCGCAGAGUGCGUGAUAAAGAGCGCAGAGUGCGUGAUAAUGAGCGCAGAGUGCGUGAUAAAGAGCGCAGAGUGCGUGAUAAAGAGCGCAGAGUGCGUGAUAAUGAGCGCAGAGUGCGUGAUAAUGAGCGCAGAGUGCGUGAUAAUGAGCGCAGAGUGCGUGAUAAUGAGCGCAGAGUGCGUGAUAAAGAGCGCAGAGUGCGUGAUAAUGAGCGCAGAGUGCGUGAUAAUGAGCGCAGAGUGCGUGAUAAUGAGCGCAGAGUGCGUGAUAAUGAGCGCAGAGUGCGUGAUAAUGAGCGCAGAGUGCGUGAUAAUGAGCGCAGAGUGCGUGACAAUGAGCGCAGAGUGCGUGACAAUGAGCGCAGAGUGCGUGAUAAAGAGCGCAGAGUGCGUGAUAGUGAGCGCAGAGUGCGUGACAAUGAGCGCAGAGUGCGUGACAAUGAGCGCAGAGUGCGUGAUAAUGAGCGCAGAGUGCGUGAUAAAGAGCGCAGAGUGCGUGAUAGUGAGCGCAGAGUGCGUGACAAUGAGCGCAGAGUGCGUGAUAGUGAGCGCAGAGUGCGUGAUAAUGAGCGCAGAGUGCGUGACAAUGAGCGCAGAGUGCGUGACAAUGAGCGCAGAGUGCGUGAUAAUGAGCGCACGAGUGCGUGA